AUGGGUGUAACUUUGCAUGAACCGUUCGAGAUUGAACAAAAAACAGUAAACAUUGAAAGUCAAAAUCAUUUGUUUAAUGUUGGCAUAACCAUACCUAUAGAGAUUGAGGUGGAAAAACCGCCGGCGCUAUCAGUUGGCAAGAAUAAGAAGAAUGGAAAAUUUGUACAAAAGAAUGGAUGGAAACCAGAAAAAUUGAAUGAAAAUGGAGAAAGCGAUGAAGAUAGCGGGGAGACGAGUGAUAAUGACGAGAGUCGUGACGAAGAGGAAAAGGAUAGUGAAUCGAUGAAGGACGAAGAAGGUGAUAAUUCUUCUGACGACGAAGAUGAUGAUGACAGGAAUGACGAAUUUGCAGAAAAGAUUCUUGUUACAUACCAAGGAUUUGGCAUCUCUUUAUAUAAUGCAAGCCGAUGGGCGUCAGCUGUUGAAUUGGCCGAUUCCACCUCAGUACACCUUGGUCGCACCAGCAAAGUUGGUGGCACGCAAGAAAACUCGGACAAAGUGGUCUGGUUGUGGCAAGACCUUCGUCCAACGUUUGGAGUAAAGGAUUUUCGGGAUAACGUUGAGAGUAUCAAGAGGGUGGGAGAAUUUGAGAGGCCAAUAUUUUCAUUGGAAAUAUCACCACUACUGUCGGAAGCGGUUGUUCUGGUAAACCAGGAUGGAACGGUUUCUCUGGUUGACACUAACCUGAAGCGAGUAAUAUCGCAUUGUACUCUGAAAGAUAAAGGAAACAAGAAAGUUUAUUGGGCCACCUUGUUCAACACAAAUGGCUCAUUCAUUCCUUCCAAUAUAUUGCCGGCAACUUCAAUAACAGUUUUAAAUAUUUUGUCAUCAAAAUCGGAAUCCAGAGAUGCUUCACCUCCGAAUUUCUUUUUUCUAAGGCUUUGUUGGAUCGAUACCCAGACAAAAAAAUGCAAAAUACUUUGCAAUACACAUUUUCAAAUGAACUUGCCUUCAACGUUUAAUUUCAAUCCCUCGACUGGCAAAUUGUUUCUAUUAUUUUCUCACGGCGUGCUGAGAAUAUAUACGGUCAACCUUAGCUGGAAGGAAUCAGGAGCAAAGAUAUCUUUAUCCGAAAAUAUCGUCAUUCAUCUGGGCGGAAUCUUAUCAUUUCCUGAAAAGUCUCACCUGGCGCUUCAUGAAAGGCACACCGUUGAAAUUGCUCCGCUGAUGGAAUCCUAUGUGGCAAUUGUGGGAAGGCGAAAGACCCCUGAAUCAGUCGAACAAGUUUUAACUGUAUGGGAUAUCCAGUAUGGGACGAUGCAAGCCGAUCGAGUGCUUACGUCCUCAUUCUGCGAGGUGACACCUGACAAAGUUAAAUUGUCAAACUAUCUUUGCCGUUACAAUUGCGAACCGAUGACUUUGUUGAGUGCGAUAAAUCGUAUGAAUCGUACGGCCGAGUAUUUAGACUUGGGCAAAGGGAGCAAUCGAGGAAUCGGCAUCACAAAAUAUGCGAUACAUCCCAAUGCAGAGAGUCCAAAAAAUCCGGUCGCUGACGAACUAAUUCAAGAUAUGAAACUUUUACGGAAGACGGAAUCAAAAUUUCUCCAAAAACUUUUAAAUAUCAGGAAAACUCCGACACCUCAAGAAUUCACAAAAAGAUUUAUUAAAUACGUGAAGACGAAAGGUCAUAAAGAUUUUCACUAUUUUUUGUCGGAAAAAGUUGGCGUCAAGUAUGAAGAAUACGUGAAGUGCAUGAAAGAUUAUGGGGAACACAAGAAGAUUAGUAUUCCCGAGGGGAAAUCUAAUCACAUAUGGAAAAGAGAAAGUAAAAGUGAUUCCGAGGAUCACGAAGAAUUGAUGAAUUUGCAAGAAUGGCGAGAAUUGUGGAAGGAAUGGGAGGCUGAGAAGGACGCGGCAAGAAAAUCGGAAUGCACUUUACGAAAGUUGUACGAAUUCAUCAUCUCAAAAGAGAAGAUAAUCCCGGAGUUAUCAUAUCAUUUCGUUAAAACCAUCGUUGAACAUUGCAUAUCACAAUAUCCGGACGGUAAGCCCAAUAUGACGUUUUGGGCACCCGAGGUCAUACGUUGCCUUAUUCAAAAACACGCGAUGUCAAAUAGCGUCGUAAAAGGUGGAAUCGUGAAGGCGUUGAUAGAUCGAGAAGAGUGGAGCAUGCUUAAUGUGGCUCUCUUAUAUAUUCCCGAUAUUCCUGAGAGAGAUCUAAUACAUCUACUAAAGUUUGUAAUUUCAAAAGGGGGAGUAAGAAAGAAGACGGUUAAGCCAUCCGGGGAGAUCAAGAAAGAAAUACUGACUGUUGAGAAGGUUCUUUUGUUAAUCAUUCACGCACCGCGGAACGAAAACAUGAUGAGGUGGAAUAUACGUCAGUUGACGGAGAGCGAAUUAAUUGUGAUAUUGAAAAUUUUGUGCGAAUGGAGUGCGAGACAUACUCUCACGGAGAUAAUAGCUGACACGAUGAGCGAAAAACCGGUUGACGUUGACGAUUUCAAAAAUCCCAAAAAUCCAUCAUCGUCAGUCAAUAAAUUUAAAAAGCUCAAAAAAAAAAGGAUAGAAUUUCGUAGUAUCAUCGAAUUCCUGACACUCAUCCUGGACAUACAUUUCGCAUCAUUCAUCAUGAACAAACAGUUUCAUUCACUUCUUGGCAAAUUAUCUGAUCGUAUAAAUCAUGAGGUGGAAAUUUUUGAAUCCAUGGAAUCCAUGAGAUCAUGCCUCGAACUUUAUCACAAAAGACACCUAAAGAACGUGCGUCCAAUAAAGAAGGAACAAUUUGGCAAGAGAUCGAGUGUUCUUUCGAGCGAUGCUGAUCUUCCGGAGUAUACCGUGGAGCUGUUUACAUUUUUUGGUGACAACCACCGAAAUCCAAGAUUGGAAGAAAUCGAUAUGAUAGAUGAAAGUGUGAUCGGAAACGGUGUUUCGAUUUCCGAUUCUGUUUAUGCGAUAAAUGGGGAAAUGUAUCACGGGGACGUGGACGUCGAAGAUGAAAGCAUAGUGUUUGAAAAUGGCGAAAUCCCAAGCUAG